UACCAAGUAGAUGCCAGUUUCUGCUUCUGCCCCUCCCCCCAAGUUAUGACAAUCAGAAUUGUCAGCAGACACUGCCAGAUGUCCCCUGUGAGGAAACGUGAAAACAGAGGCAGCUCAGAGCUAGAGAACUCCACCCCAGAAAGUCAGGUAGCGUACAGAGAAGGCUCGUCCUUGUGCGUUGUGCUUGGCUAUGGGGGACAUUGCUGUAUGUAAGCUGGACAGUCAGGCUAAGCUGCCUGCAGUUGAGAACCGCUGUAUGCAAACAUUGAAAAAAAUGGUGAAUUUUUCAUGUCUCCCAAUGACUUCGUCGUUCGAUAUUUGAAUAUUUUUGGAGGAAGCCAGCCUAAUCCAAAGACUGUGGAACUUUUAAGUGGUGUGGUGGAUCAGACCAAAGAUGGAUUAAUAUCCUUUCAAGAAUUUGUGGCGUUUGAAUCUGUCCUGUGUGCCCCAGAUGCUUUGUUCGUGGUGGCCUUCCAGCUGUUUGACAAAGCUGGCAAAGGAGAAGUCACUUUUGAGGACGUUAAGCAAGUUUUUGGACAGACCACAAUUCAUCAACAUAUUCCAUUUAACUGGGAUUCAGAAUUUGUGCAACUACACUUUGGAAAAGAAAGAAAAAGACACCUGACAUAUGCGGAAUUCACUCAGUUUUUACUGGAAAUACAAUUGGAGCAUGCGAAGCAAGCCUUUGUUCAAAGGGACAAUGCCAGGACCGGAAAGGUCACAGCCAUUGACUUCCGAGACAUCAUGGUCACCAUCCGCCCUCAUGUCUUGACACCUUUUGUAGAAGAAUGUCUUGUAGCUGCUGCUGGAGGUACCACGUCCCAUCAAGUUAGUUUCUCCUAUUUUAAUGGAUUUAAUUCACUCCUUAACAACAUGGAACUCAUUAGAAAGAUCUACAGCACUCUGGCUGGCAACAGGAAAGAUGUAGAGGUGACUAAGGAGGAGUUUGUUCUGGCAGCUCAGAAAUUUGGUCAGGUUACACCCAUGGAAGUUGACAUCUUGUUUCAGUUAGCAGAUUUAUAUGAGCCACGGGGACGUAUGACAUUAGCCGACAUUGAACGGAUCGCUCCUCUGGAAGAGGGAACUCUGCCCUUCAACUUGGCCGAGGCCCAGAGGCAGAAGAAGGCCACAGUCGAUUCAUCUCGACCAAUUCUCCUACAAAUUGCAGAGUCGGCCUACAGGUUUGGUCUGGGUUCUGUUGCUGGAGCUGUUGGAGCCACUGCUGUGUACCCUAUCGAUCUGGUAAAAACUCGAAUGCAGAACCAGCGAUCCACUGGCUCUUUUGUGGGAGAACUUAUGUAUAAAAACAGCUUGGACUGUUUUAAGAAAGUGCUACGCUAUGAAGGCUUCUUUGGACUGUAUAGAGGUCUGUUGCCACAGUUAUUGGGAGUUGCCCCAGAGAAGGCCAUAAAACUUACAGUGAAUGAUUUUGUGAGGGAUAAAUUUACGCGCAAAGAUGGCUCAGUCCCACUCGCAGCAGAAAUUCUUGCUGGAGGCUGUGCAGGAGCCUCCCAGGUGAUUUUCACAAAUCCUUUGGAAAUUGUCAAGAUCCGUUUGCAGGUGGCUGGAGAGAUCACCACUGGUCCCCGAGUCAGUGCUCUGUCUGUCCUAAGGGACCUGGGCUUCUUUGGGAUCUACAAGGGUGCCAAAGCGUGCUUUCUGCGGGACAUUCCUUUCUCGGCCAUCUACUUCCCAUGCUAUGCUCAUGUGAAGGCUUCCCUUGCAAAUGAAGAUGGGCAGAUUAGCCCCGGAAGCCUGCUCUUCGCUGGCGCCAUAGCCGGUAUGCCUGCGGCAUCUCUAGUGACCCCCGCUGAUGUUAUCAAGACUCGAUUACAGGUGGCCGCCCGGGCCGGCCAGACCACUUACAGCGGAGUGAUAGACUGCUUUAGGAAGAUCCUUCGGGAAGAAGGCCCAAAAGCUUUGUGGAAAGGAGCUGGCGCUCGUGUGUUUCGUUCCUCCCCCCAGUUUGGUGUAACGUUGCUGACCUAUGAAUUGCUGCAGCGAUGGUUCUACGUUGAUUUUGGAGGAGUGAAGCCCAUGGGAGCAGAGCCAGUUCCUAAAUCCAGGGUCACACUGCCUGCUCCCAACCCCGAUCACGUUGGGGGCUACAAACUGGCAGUUGCAACGUUUGCAGGGAUUGAAAACAAAUUUGGGCUUUACCUACCUCUCUUCAAGACAUCUACCUCACAGGCCAUUGGUAGAGGCCCGUAGGACCUUGCCCGAUUGCUGUGGCUUUGUUGUUACUGCAAUGAAGAAUGCCCCAGCUUGGAAUGAAGCAACACUUCAUUCCUUUCACUUCCAUCUCCUGUUUAAAUUCAAGUCGAGGCUUUUUAUAAGGUGAAAUCCUUUAUUUUCUGUGUGGUUUCAUAACCUAGAUCAUUGUGAAAUUUUUCAUAAUUAUUCUUUGGGCCUCUGCUCACAAACCUUUGUGUCUGACAUUUGCUGGGAUUUGGUCAACACUAAACUGAUUUGGAGGAAGAAGCAAGUCUGAAUACAAAUUAGAACCAUUCUCUUUAGGGUUAGGAUUAUAGUCCCAAAGAGGCUACUGAGAGGGAAUCAUGGUGCUCAGAGCAAAAGUGUUCCGUGUCUAUUUAACCUGGUAGGAAACUGGGUGCAUAUUUGUGAAAGUAAAAAACACUGGAAGAAAUGAAAACAUUAUGAGAAAUAGUCAGCCUGGCCUCACAUUUUAAGCAUGCACUAAUUCUGUCUCUGGAUUAUAUUAUGAAGCCUUUAUGUGAAACAUGUUUUUUUGUAAUGAAAACCACAUUGAAGAUGUUUAAUAAUCAUAUUCUGUUACUGGUACUAAGACUACUAGGGAGAAGGAUUUUGUGCUUUAGCGAAAGUACUGUUGGCACUGUACUCUCUAGAUGGAGAAACCAGGAUAUGCAGCAUCUCUCCUAAUUUGGGGGAACUGCUCAUAUGAAGCACAUGUGCUGACUGCUGCCUAUUUCAAUAAACACUGUAGAGGAACGCGUGCCUCCCUGUUACUGGUACCAACCCUCGCCCCGUCCCAAUCCCCUGUAAUUGGCAUCCAUUUGCUUUUAAAAUCCAUUUUAUCUUGAAUCAUGGAAGAAAAAUACAUUGCAAUGUAAGUUUUAAUUUAAUUUGUGGUGCCUUGAGCAAUGGUCAGAAGGCUCAUGUGUUUGUGAGGAAGGAAAUAAACUAUUUUUAAAGCUACUGAAUUGUUUGCUCUUGUUAUGUCAUGUGGCGAACGACCGCAAUAAUUGUCAUCAUUGGACCCUCUGUGUUUCAUUUUGAGGGCGAUUUGUUCGUAUUGGCGCGGAUAUGUCCUCGUCUUUCAAGGUGACGUGUACCCUUGUCUUCGGUACGCCAGCGUUCAGCGUGAAUAAGGGAAACUACAUUUAACCCCAGAUGAGCGCGGAACCUAGCAAACUGACACUUGUUCUAGUCAUUCUCGGUGCUUUUGACAGUUUCUUAUCGUGAGAAUUAAUGUAAAGCUUCACUGGCAGUUGGGCGUGAAAACUGGUAUGAAAUGGCAAUGGCAUUUUCUCAUUUUCUCUGACUCUUCCUCACACCAGAACCAUAUACCACUGUGUCUGACCUUUGGUAAUAUUUGGCCAACGCUGUAAUGACUGGUGGAAAGGUGUUAGUCUUGAACAGACCUUAGGGCUCUCCUUAGGCUGCACUCAUGCUCCUGAGGAGGCUGCUGAGUAACUUAUCAGCAGUGAGUUGGAACUUUCUGUUUCUCCGAAAUUCACCUCCAGACGGCACAGCCGUUUUUCAGUCUCUGUCUUGCUGUAGAUCAGCACGUUGGCAUUCAAAGUUAUUGUUCAAAAUUGGAAGGUGUAGACACCAUCCAUGAGUCUGUUUUGUUUUGUUUUUUUCAGUGAACAAAAGCUUUGUUAUUCUCACCAGAGAUAGGACACAUACAUACAUGGCUCCCUCAUGGUUUUGGUUUGGCAAACACCAAAGAGAAACCCCUCCGUCUCCCUGAACUCACCCCUAAUCCCUGCUCAAAGUGACAAGUGGUAUUUAUAUUUUAAUCUCAAAGACCAGUCACAAGACUCCAAAUACGUCUUAGAAAUUUAGGUGGUGUUACAAUAACAAAGCACUCAAGCUUUGGUAUUUUGAAUGUGGAGAAAAGUCCCCGAGUGUAAAUCACUGCAUUCCUUUUCUUCACGUGCUUGAAAUUUUAUAGAAGAUCAAAUUUUCAUUGUAUAAACACUGACCCACGUCUCAGAUAUGGUGCAUUGCCCUGCCUGCUUCUUUAAGAGAUGCUGCAUUUGUUGGGAGAGUGUCUUGGUUUCCCUUAGACGUACCUGUAGCUGAGGGCGAUUCUCUUUAGUAAAUGAGAAACCCGAGGUACCAGGAAGCCAAAGGAGAUAGGGCCACAGGACUGUGUUUCUUUAAAAUCCUCGGCUUACUCUGUUCAGGGAUAGGCAGUGACUUGAGACACUUUGAAGGAGGCCUAAUUUCCAUCUGAGUUGUGCUCAGUGGGUGGUGUGACUGUGACAUCCUUGAAUAGAACUGCAAUCACCGUGUGGUGAAAACCACGUCAAAUUUGUUCUGGGUUUUUCUUCUUCCUGAAGUGACAGCACAAUACGUUGGCAGUGCUGUGGCUGCCGUUUCUGCAGCUGCUCCUUUUCCUCAAUGCUGAGGAACUGAGAGCUGUGUAACUCCCACCCAUGGGGACCAGCCUCCCCCCUGCCCGGCCAGCGCACUGGAGUGUCUCCCUCUGCCCUUGGUCCACCUCAUGAUUGCUUGGGGUUGGGGAAGAGGCCUGACUUUUGUAGCAGCUUUUUUUUUUUCUAGGAGGGGAAAAAAUGUGGAGCUGACCACAGAAUGAACACACUGAUUCUUGGGUUCCAGUCGUGGCUGGGUUUCUUGAGGCUGGGUGGCAUGCUGUCGCCAAGCUCAUGCUACACCUCAUAACCCACAACCAUUCGCUGUGCUCCCUGGGGUCGCCUUAAUCCCAAGCAGCCGGGGUUGCACAGGGGAAAAUAAGAAUUCUGGCACAGAAAGGAGUCAUUUAAAUGCUUAUUGCAUUUCAAGCCUCAGUUUUUACUUAGCUAAAAUAUUUACCAUUGCUGGAAAACAAUGUUUAAAAUUUUGUGCUUAUAUGUUAUUUAAUGGUGUGGCCUAUGUAAACCUCAGGAUGCUUACAUUUUGACAGUCUUCUGGAAAUGUUUAACAGCACAUAACUCAGUGAGCAGGGAAUAAAAACCGGGAACAAAUUGUGCUUGAAACUUUGUAACCUCCCCUGGCUAGGUAUUCGGCAAGGCACCUUGGAAUUCUUCAGGUAGAGGCAGGGAAAUCUCCAGUAAUGGAAUUUGGUGAAUUCUGUCUUGUGGCCCCAUUUGUCAACCUUCUAGAUAAACCCUAAGAGUCAUCAUGUGCUUUU